CCUCAUGCAUCUCUGUUCGUGAACCGAAGAUGUUUCUCGCGAGCCGCACUGCCUCUGGCGAGCAGUACCUAUCCGAGCUUCAGGACAAGCGUGACUCGCUGGCUACGAUUUACGUUGGAUUUGCUGGGUUUACAGUUCUAGUCUGGGACCACGUCAUAACAUUUGGUGACGAGGUCGAAAUCAUCUGGCGUCGACCCAAAAACCUGAUGUCCAUCCUAUUUCUCCUCAACCGUUACCUCACGCCCUUGGGUUUUAUCAUUUUUCUUGUUGCAUUCCUUGACUCAUCGUGGACGCGUAAGAGAUGUGAACAUUACAUCAGAUACCAGGGCGCAAUGGUUGCAAUUGGUAUUCAAAUAGCGGGGCUUAUGAUGCUAAAACGGGUAUCGGCGUUGUUCAGGGCGUACAUGUGGGUUACCUACUCAGUGGCUUUGAUCUUCGUCGUGUGGGUUGUAGUCACAGCUUACCUGCUCGCACAUGGCGUAGCCGUCAGACAUACGCCAGUGGUACACUCAUGUUCGAUGGUCUUCGACACCAGCAGUGUUAUGGCAUCCUCAAGUGCCUGGCUCCCCUUGCUGUACGACACUGUGGUGAUCGGACUUGUCAUCUAUCGCACGGUACCGUAUAAGCCAACGAAAAAUCCGCAUACGAUUGCCCGGACACUCAUCGCAGAUAACAUUCUAUACUAUGCGGUCAUUUUUUCAGUCAACAUCACGCUGACCAUCAUGAUCGCGGUUGCUCCGGCAGGCUUAAAGAACAUUGGCGCACAGGUAGAACUCCAAUUAACCGUUGCCAUGAUGUCGCGUAUCACACUCAACCUGCCCAAGACACACCGUCGGCUCAUUGGAAUCGAGACGCACAGCGACUCACACGUUCGCCCGAUCAUCUUCGCCGGCUCCGGUACACCUGAAGAAACGUUGAUGGGAUACAUCCUACGCAUGAAGCCUAUACGCCCGCUUCCGCCAUGCCAGAUGGUCGAUGGGCUCAGAUUGCACAGCAUCGAGGGAUCAGAAUCGGAUUCGCACAUCCGGACUGCGCAACGGUCUACGGAUGGCACAGGUUUGCGCUGUGGGUUGUCGGAGGGCAGUGCCAAUAUUGGCGUUGAGGGCGUGAGUAUUCAGGACUCUUCGCAUAGUCAUGAGCCAAACACAGUUAACCAUUGCGACUGUAAGAUGUGUGCUCGGCAAGUGGGGGCAGUGUGCCAGGACGAGUCGCAGGCUAGUAGUAACUUUACGGACGCUCCUUAAUUUACUUUACCACUACUUGUAUAAUGUACUGGAUCAAUAUCGCAAUGAAUUUUUGCA